AUGAAGAAACAACAAACAAAGGCAAAGCUUGUUUUGGAGAACCCAUUGAAUGUGCCAUGGGUAAAUAUAGAUUCCUCUACACAAGAAAAAUUAACCCAGGCCUUAAUUCAAUCUCUGCCUACGGCUAAGGAAGAGUACAGUAAACAUGGUUUGACGAUUGGUCUGAACGAAGUCAACGUACUAUUGGAAAAUUGCUGUCAACAUCCUAAUCAAGAUUCGUUACCUCGAGUCGUUUUCGUGCUCCAAGAUCCUGAAUCCAUACUUGUUACACAUUACCCACAGCUAAUCGCUAAUGCGAAUUAUUAUUCAAAAGGCGAAAGGGUAUGUUUAUUAGUAUGUCUCGGUGCUGAAGCACAGGUUAGUAUUUCGAGAAAGCUUGGACUUAGCCGGGCUAGUGCCAUUGCUAUACGUAAUGACUCUUCUUUACUGUCACAAGUGAACCAUUUAUUAAAUGGAAUACCAGCUCCCUCAGCUACUUGGCUGGCCCAGGCAUCUAAUUACCAACCGACUAAAGUUUUACGAGUGAGUACAACGCAAGGUACCAAGGAUAAAAAAGAAUUAAAAGAGGGAACCAGCUAA